AUGAACGCACCUCCUUCCCACACGACUGACAUUAUUUCUGAUGAAGAAAAAAACAUUAAUUUGUUUUUAGAACGAAAGUUUCCAGAAUGGAAGGACGACAAGAGUAUGAUCUUUUAUAUGAGUAAUUUCAAGAAAACACGACAAUUGAAUGUCAACGACUGGGAUUCAAGAUUCUCUUUUUGGAGAAACAUACUUUUAUCCAUCAUUUCAGAAUAUUACAAAAACACAAUUUUGAUCGUAACUAUCCGACAACUGAAACAAUAUAUGAGCCGACGAAAAAAGAGUGAUGAAGGAAUUGUGGAAACCACACUCGGAUGGCAAACUGUAAUUCAAGAAAUGAUUCAUCAAGGAGAGUUAAUAUCCAUCGAAGAAUUUAAAAAUGUUUAUGACACGAACAACAAUCAAGGAAUUGGUUCUUGGUUGAUCGGAGUUGCCACCACAUGGUUCUUUGGACGAACAAGCGCCUUGAGUAAUGCAGCGGGUGCCAAUACUGCUCUCAAUAACUCAAAGAUCCCUGAAGACAACAAGUAUAUAGUGAUGAAACCACUCAAAGAAAUUACAAUGAAUUUUAUAAAAAAUGCUCACAAGAACAAGGUAUCAGAUUUGGAUUUAUACUUUGCACCAAGUGAAUUGAGAGAAAGGGAAUUUCCAAAUUAUGACUUUACUCAAAUAGAUUUAUUAUUGAGAUAUAUGCAUUGUGAGGAAUCUGCAUUUGUUGUAGAAAUUGCCAAUUCAAAGAAAGGAGUUGUUUGUUUUGAAGAAUCUUCCAUGAAGAAGGAAGUGUUGAAUAAUAUUCCUCAUUACACACAGAAAUUUAUUGGUAUUAUUCAACUUAAAGAAAUGUCACAUCUUCUUGACAAGGAAGUGAAAAGUUUGCAAAUGAAAGUUGAUUCUUUAGUUUCAGAAGCUAAAAAGUGUCUCACUUUUCAAAGGAAAGAGGAUGCUAAAUGGAUAUUGAAAAAGAAAAAAUUGGUAUCCAACAUUUUAGAAAAACGAAACCAAGCCCGACAUAACAUUUUCGAGUUGUUAACCUCCACCGAGAAUGCAACUUCAGAUAUCGAAGUCCUAAAAAGCUUACAGGUUGGAGCCACUUCUCUCAAACAAUAUACUACGGAGCUUAAUACAAUGAAUGUUGAGGAAUCAAUUGAAAAUAUUGCUGAUACGAUGUCUGAAUAUCAAGAAAUUAAGCAUAUUAUUGACUCUGGUUUCGACCAAAUUAAUCAAAUUCAAGGACUUCAAUUUGACGAGGAAGAAUUGUCGAGAGAAUUGGAAAAAUUAGCUGUUGAGCCGUCAGCAUCAGCACAAAUUCAGAAACCAUCUAAAGUAUCGUCAAGCGCGUCAUCCAGUCAAGAAUCUUCUACUGAAGUGGUAUUCCCGACUGUUGACGAUAUACCAACUGAGAGCUUUUCGGUAUUAGAAUGGGAAAAGCAACACACAACAAAUUCAGAAAUUAAGGAGUUUUGUGCCUUAAAGCUGAAAAUGUUAACGCUCAAGAAGAAAAUGAACAAGCUCAAAGGUGAAGAAUUGGCAACCAAGCUCCAACAAAAGGUCGCACAGUUUGAAAAAAAACAGCAAGAAUUCAAGCUCAACGGAAACAGCAAAGCUUUGAAACACGUGGAAACUUAUCUUUCUCUUUUACGUGAAGAAAUUGAAUCCAUUUCAACGGAACAAGUGGAAGAAAAACAGCCUGUUUUGCUGUAA